GCAACCGAAGCAAGGUGACGCAUCCGAUCUCCGCACCAAACUCCUCGUGGUGGUUUCGCAGCUCUCCUGCGAGCGAAUUCUAGGGUUUGGGAGGAAAUCCAAUCCCUCCAAAUCCGGAUUCGUUUUGGAAGACGUUUUGGAGGAGGUAGCAUGAGCUCGGCGCAGGAUCCGUUCUACAUCGUCCGGGAGGAGAUCCAGGACUCGAUUGAUAAGUUGCAAACUACUUUCCAUCGAUGGGAGAAAACACCGUCAAACACAGGAGAACAUGUUCAUUUGACAAAGGAGCUUCAUACCAGCUGUGAAAGCAUUGAGUGGCAGGUGGAUGAGUUGGAAAAGACAAUCUUAGUUGCAUCAAGAGAUCCAGCGUACUAUGGACUGGACGAAGUUGAGCUUUCUAGACGACGGAACUGGAUUGGUUCUGCUCGUAAUCAGGUUGCUGCAGUCAGGAGAUCUGUUGAAAAGGGGAAGAGUAAUUCAACUUUCUCGGCGCACCAAGACAUGGGCACAAGCAGAAGUAACCACUACACUGCACAAGACAAUGAUGACUUCAUUGCUUCAGAAUCAGAUAGACAGCUUCUACUUAUGAGGCAGCAGGAUGAGGAACUUGAUGAGCUUAGCGAAAGUGUUCAAAGGAUUGGUGGUGUAGGGCUAACCAUACACGAAGAGCUGUCUGGACAGGAAAGGAUCUUAAACGACCUAAGCUUGGAGAUGGAAACUACUUCAAACAGACUUGACUUCGUGCAGAAAAGAGUGGCGAUGGUCAUGAAAAAGGCUGGCAUAAAAGGGCAGAUUAUGCUGAUCCUCUUCCUUGUGGUUCUGUUCAUUAUACUUUUCGUGUUGGUGUUCUUGACAUAACGCACUAGUGUUCCAAGCCUCGUGUUUUGCGGCUGUACCUACCUACUGUAAGCUGUGGAGAACAGAAAACAAAUACACGAGUUGCUCAUAUCUUUCAAAUCCUACCUGAUUAUUGCUCCAUCUC